CCGAUUUUUCCAGGCGACCGUUUGCGAUCUCCGUGCCCGGGAUGGAGCAGCUGGGUGACCUGGAGCUGCUGAUGGAGGAGACUUUCGGGGAGGAGGCUGGGCCGCCGGCAGAGCUAUUUCAGAAGGCGGAAGCUUCCUCUUCUAAAACAGUCCUGAUCCGAGGAGCGGAUAACCGGUACCUGGUACUAGCAGUCAAUGUUGUGCAGAAGGAAGAAGGAAACCACGAAAAGCAUCUAAUCAUCACUGCUUCCCAGUCGCUAGACUGUAAAGAAUUGUGCAUACUUAGGAAUGACUGGUGCUCUGUACCAGUGGAGCCAGGGGACAUCAUUCACCUGGAGGGAGAAUGCACGUCUGACACUUGGAUAAUAGAUGAAGAUUCUGGAUAUUUGAUCCUGUACCCAGACAUGCUGAUUUCUGGCACAAGCGUAGCCAGUAGUAUUCGAUGUCUGAGAAGAGCUGUCCUGAGUGAAACUUUCAGGGGCUCUGAUCCAGCCACACGCCAAAUGCUGAUUGGUACGGUUCUCCAUGAAGUAUUUCAGAAAGCAAUAAGUGAUAGCUUUGCCCCAGAAAAGCUACAAGAACUUGCUUUUCAAACUGUUCAAGAGAUGAGGCAUCUGAAAGAAAUGUACCGCUUAAAUUUGAAUCAAGAUGAAGUAAAACAAGAAGUAGAAGAGUAUCUUCCUUCAUUGUCUAAGUGGGCUGGAGAUUUCAUGCAGAAAUACACUUCAACUGACUUCCCGCAGAUGCAGCUCUCUUUGCCAAGUGAUGGUAGUAACAAUAAUGCAACAUGUAAUAUUGAAGUCAUAAAGUCAUUGGAUAUUGAAGAAAGCAUUUGGUCCCCUAGGUUUGGAUUAAAGGGCAAGAUAGAUGUUACAGUUGGUGUGAAAAUUCACCGAGGAUGUAAAACAAAAUAUAAAAUAAUGCCACUGGAACUUAAAACUGGCAAAGAAUCAAAUUCUAUUGAACACCGUAGUCAGCUGGUUCUGUAUACACUGCUCAGUCAAGAGAGAAGAGCUGACCCGGAGGCUGGCCUGCUCCUCUACCUCAAGACCGGCCAGAUGUACCCCGUGCCUGCCAGACAUCUUGAUAAAAGAGGUUGA